AUGGUUUCUGUUUCGAAGCUACUUAGGGGAGGGUUUCUAUUGGUAGAUCAGCUGAUUUACUCCGAUGUAGCAGUUCCGCAACAAGCUGCAGUAGAACAAUUCAAUGUCAUAAGAUAUUUAAGUGGUGCUGCACCAUACAUCCAGAAUCCGGGCCUUGGCAUCCCUCAGGGUAUUCCAGAGAAUUGUAAGCUAGAACAAGUACAAAUGCUAGGAAGACAUGGCGAGAGAUAUCCUACUACUAAUUCCGGUAAUAAGUUCAAAGAGAUAUACGAUAAGUUGAUGGUAUUCAAGGGAACUUACAAAGAUGAAUUUCUGUUUCUCAACGACGAGAGUUACUCAUACUUUGUUGAAAACCCAGCAUUCUAUGAGCACGAAACUACUCCUGAAAACUCCGAAGGGACAUUUGCUGGUACCAAAACUGCCUUUAGGCAUGGUGAGACGUUCAGAAAACGGUAUGGCGAGCUCUAUGAUGACGGUAUUUUGCCCAUAUUCACUUCAAACUCAGGUCGAUGCUUCACUACUAGUGAGUACUUUGCCAAAGGCUUCUUAGGUGCAGGAUACACGGCCGAUAAGGUUAAAUUCUCAAUUCUUGCAGAGGAAGAUUGCAGCACCUGUAACCAUGAUUUAGGUGCGAAUUCAUUAACGCCAAGAAAUGCAUGUACCAACUUUGACAGCGAUGAGAACCAAGAAACGAAAUCUCAAGUUGACAAGACGUACUUGAAAUUGGCAUUGGAAAGGUUCAAAAUUUCAAAUCCUCAAAUCCCGUUGGUGGAAGAUGAUGUUGCGAACUUGUUUAAGUACUGCGCUUAUGAGAUAAAUGUGAGCGGCCAGUCUCCAAUGUGCAAUAUCUUUACCAAUGUGGAAUAUCUUAAGUAUUCGUACUCCGAGAGUGUGGCAAAGUACUAUUCUACUGGCCCUGGUCACAGAUUAAGUGAAGUUAUUGGGUCUGUUAUGUUAAAGGCGUCUGUUAAAUUACUAAAGGAAGAUAAUCCUAGUAACAAGAUAUGGUUAUCGUUUUCGCACGAUACUGAUAUUGAAAUGUAUUUAGCUGCAUUGGGAAUUAUUAGCCCAGAGCAAGAUCUAACUCCAAGUCAUCAAACUGUUUUCCCUAAUCCUUACCUGCACUCCGAUUUGGUUCCCCAGGGAGCAAGGAUUUACACUGAAAAAUAUUCCUGUCAGGGCACGUCGUACAUCCGAUAUAUACUCAAUGAUGCAGUGAUCCCCUUACGUAAUUGUUCGAGUGGCCCCGGAUACUCAUGUAGCCUCGGAGACUUCAUAAGUCUCAUGGAAGAUCGGCUUCGGACAUUUGACUUCGGCGUCCAAUGUGAUGCAAAGGAUAGUCAGCCCAACGAAAUUUCUUUUUACUGGGAUUACGACGACAUAGACUACAACGCGCCUCUCGUUAAUCAAUAA